GUACUCGCAGGUGUCAUUGUAUCGUACUUCGUGAACGAAUCACCAAGGUUGCUGCCCAUCGAAGACUGGCGUCGGUGACCUGCCGUUGCUGAGAAGGAGUUGCGUCGAGGCUGUGGGUGUUGUAAGAUCGGAUUCGGUCGAGAAAGGCUGCUGCUGUGGACGAAUUCAGUAGGCGACUGUGUAUUCAUGUCUUGGUAAACUUGGCGAGCAUAUGCGUUCAGCUGGGGUGUACCAAGUCCAACUGGCGCUCUCUGCUGGGGAGAACGAGCGAAGGGAGGUUGUGCUUGUUGGAGAGGACCGAAUGGAUGCCGGCCGGAGGGGAAUGGAACUGGUUGUCCGAAGUUCGGUUGUUGGUUCAACUGAAAGUCGAGACCAGGUGUGAAUUGAAGUUGUUGUGGUUGUUGAAACUGAGCCAGUGGACUCGAUUGACAAAGGUUCUACGCGCGCGACUGCCUUGCAAGCAGAGCUUGUUCGAGGUGAAGAGCUUGCUGGGUUCGAGGAAUCGGAGCAAAGUUCGAUGGCUGAGUGCCGAACCCGUUCUGCUGCGGCAAUCCCUGAAAUUGCUGCCCACCAAACUGCUGCGGAGAAACUUGCAUGUGCUGGAGUUGCGGGGGAAGCUGCUGCUGAGGUAUCUGCGACCCCCUACCAGCGUUUGGCGGACGAGCUGGAGCGAACCCGCGCUGAUUGCCCGGCCGAGCAACCACCCAUUGAGACCGCUGGCGACUGCGGGUCUGGGAAGCGACGCGUUGAUGGUACGAAGGACCCCCAAGAUUUGUUUGAGCAUGCCCUUGACGACCAGGCGGACCGGGAGGACUACUAGACAGCCCCUGAUCAGGAUGGGGCGGAUCUGCCAUGAUAUCGAACCCGCUCGAGGAGAUGAUGGCGAAGUGAGUGUUAGUGAGGCGAAGGCGACAAAGUGAAGCACCGCACAGUGAGGCACCGCGAGAUGAAGAAUGUGAAGAGAUGAACACGAAUUAAUGAACACUGUGUGGAGGUUGGACUGGUUCUGGAGCGUGAAAGUUCGUGAAGUUGUUUCCAAGAUUGAAGGACAAAAUACUACAAUCGGCUUUGGAAGUAGCGAAGUAGCGCCAAUAUGCCUUUAUUAAAGCAGCGAUGGCAGCGAGAGAGAAGCAACGGAACUGCUUCACUUCACGAUACCAGAUAGCGGCUUGAUUGGGGGACUGCUUU